AUGGCCCGGGGCGGCAAAGGCCUCGGGCAGCUGCCAGAUGAGGACACCCGUGUCAGGGACGCAUGGCGCUUCUACCGUGAGACCCUGGGUUCGCCCCGCUUUGUGUGUGCACCCAUGGUGGGGCAGUCCGAGCUGGCCUAUCGGCUCCUCCUGCGGAAGUCGGGCUGCGAUCUCUGCUACACGCCCAUGCUGCAUGCAGAGGAGUUUGCAGGUAGCUCAGAAGAGGAGAUGGCGCGGCAAGGCUUCACCACCUGCGCCGAAGACAGGCCGCUGGUGGUGCAGUUCUGCGCCAAGUCCCCUGAGGCCUUCCUGGAGGCCGCGCUGCAGGUGCAGGACCGGUGUGAUGCGGUCGACCUCAACCUUGGCUGCCCGCAGUCCAAGGCCAUGCGAGGUGGAUGGGGCGGUGCGCUCAUGGAGGAAGAGAACUGGCACACCGUCUACGCGAUUGUGAGACAUGCAGUCUCUUCUCCUUCGCUUCGGGUGCCUGUCACUUGCAAGAUCCGCGUCUUUGCUGAUGACCGCAAGACUGUGCGAUUUGCCAAGUUGCUUCAGGAGGCAGGCUGCUCCCUCGUCACGGUGCACGGCCGACAGCGGGAUCGCGCACUGCACCAUGCACCCGCCAACUGGCAGGCCAUCCGUGCAGUUCGCGAAGCACUGCGCCUCCCCACGGUGGCCAACGGUGGUGUGGACGCUCCGGGCGAUGCCGAGCGGUGCUUGCAGGAGACGGGUUGUGUCGCUGUGAUGGUUGCCACGGCGCUGCUGCAGACGCCGGAUCUGUUCUUGCUACCAGAUGCCGGGGUCAUGCAGCGACAGGAUGGUAAUCAGCAGAACCUCCAAGCUGAAUCUCUUCGGCGAGGUGUCAGGUAUUGCCUCCAGUACCUGCGCAUCUACGAGGAGUACCCCAGCUGGUCCUUGCGCGCUGCGCGGGACCACUUGAGGGCGCUUCUAGCGCCCGGCUGCAUGCACCAAGGCCAGCUCCGCCAUGGUGAUCUCCUGGAGGCCCUGGACGCGGCCGGCGCGGCCCCGCGGCCGGCCUCGGCGCUCCACGCCGAACAGAAGGACUAUUGGCAAGGCGUUUGCCAAGAGCUUCGGGAUGUGCUCAAGCUAUUGUGCGUUCGAGCAGGCCUCUGCGGCGCAGACGAUACAACCCUGGAUGAGUUCCACUGGGGCACAGCACGGACAGACUCUGUUCCGCGGGCGCUGGUGGUGUCAUGUCAGCCCCAGCUCGUGAUCGAAGGUGCCUCGAAGGCUCAGCAGGCGCUGCUGCGCCGAGCGCCAGUGAACAAGCGCUUUGCGGAGAGGCGGAGGCAGCAAGCGGCCGCGCUCCAGAGCUGUCUGCAGUCUGCCUCAAAGUGGUCGCGGCCGCAGAGCGCCUGA